AUGAAAGUCACCCUCAAAGAAUGGAAUGCCGUCGCCACUUGGCACUGGGACAUCCCCGAAGAUGAGGUCUGCGGUAUCUGUCGGGUCCAGUUCGACGGCACCUGUCCCACCUGCAAAUUCCCCGGCGACGAUUGUUCCCUGCUCCUCGGCAAAUGCGGCCAUUCGUUUCAUAUGGUGAGACUUGCUCCUCUCUCCCCGCUGUGGGACUGUGCUGAUGAGAUCGACUUCUUCCGAAUAGCAUUGCCUUUUAACCUGGAUCCAACAAGAAUCCUCCAAGGGGUUAUGUCCAAUGUGCCGACAAAAAUUCGAAUGGAAGCAAACUGA